AUGAAGACCGCGUCGUCGGACACUGCCGUCCGGGUCGUCGUCCGCAUCCGCCCACUCAACCGCCGCGAGCUCAGAGACGGCGGUGCAGGCCCUGCAUGGCUCCAUGCCUCGCCCGAGUCGGCCACCGUCACUGCCAGCGCGCCCUCCCGCGUCUUUGCCUUUGACGCCGUCUUUGAUGGCCGCCACCCGCCGCCGGUCGCUGAUGCUGAUGCCGAUGCCGAUGCCACCGAUGCUGCUGCUACCGCCCCGCCGCCGUCGCCGGCUGCCACCGCCCAGGCCACCCUCUAUAACGCUGUCGGCGCGCCGCUGGUCGAUGAGGUCAUGGCAGGAUACAACGCCUCGGUCUUUGCGUACGGACAGACCGGCUCGGGCAAGUCGCACACAAUGGUGGGCUCGCCACGCGCGCCGGGCUUCAUCCCGCGGCUGUGCAAGGAUCUUUUUGCUGCGACGGCGGCAGCAGGCGCGGUGGCCGACGACGACGGCGCAGAGUACGAGGCUGAUGUCACGCUCUCGCUCCUCGAGCUGUACAACGAGCAGAUCCGCGAUCUGCUUGCCGACGAGGCCGGCAACGCCACGCCCGCCCGGCUCGCACGUACCCCGCUCCGCCUCCGUGAGCACCCGAUCCACGGCACGUUUGUCGAGGGCCUGACGGCCAAGGCCGUUGGCUGCUACGCCGACGUCGCCACACUCAUCGACGCCGGCCUCCGCCACCGCAUCACUGCGGCCACCGGCAUGAACGCCACCUCGUCGCGCUCGCACGCCGUCGUCACCCUCACCGUGGUGCAGAAGACUCGUCGUGCUGGCGACGAGCCGCCGCUCCUGCUCAAGUCGCGGGUCCAUCUGGUCGACCUCGCCGGCUCAGAGCGAGUGGCCUCGACCCACGCCGCAGGUCUCCGCCUCCGCGAGGCUGGCGCCAUCAACAAGUCGCUCCACAUGCUCGGCCGGGUCAUCACCGAGCUCUCCGACGGCGCCGCCUUUGUGCCGUACCGCGACUCGGUCCUCACUCGCCUCCUCCGCGACGCGCUCGGCGGCAACGCCAAGACCCUUAUGAUCGCCACGGUCUCGCCGGCGCCGGCCUCGGCCGACGAGACCCUCUCCACCCUCCGCUACGCGCAGCGUGCCAAGCGGAUUGUCAACUCGGCAGUGGUCAACGAGGAUCCGGCCGCAGCGCUCAUCCGCGAUCUCCGCGCCCGGGUGGCCCAGCUAGAGGCUGCUGUCGCCGCCGGCGGCCUUGACGCCUCAGCUCUCGACGCGCUCACUGCCGAGCGCGAUGCCGCGCUUGCCGCCGCCGCCAUUCGCGAGCGUGACGCCGCCGCGCUUGAGGCCCGCGUCGCCGAGCUCCAGCGCCAGGUCGAUGCUGCCGAGGACGCCACCGCUGCCGCCGUCGACGCCGUCCGCGCCGCCAUGGCCGACGCCCUCACCGCCGCCGAGGACCUCGCCGCCGAGAAGGAACAGAUUGCGUCAGACGAGCCGCUCAAGCGCCUCAAGCUUGUCAAGCUCGUCAAGCUCGAGCGCGCCAAGGCUGCCAAGGCCGCCAAGGCCGCCAAGCGCCGCAUCGAGGAGCUAGCCGCCGCCGUCGCCGCCGAGCGGGCGGCCUGCCUAGACGCCACCGCUGUCGCAGACCGCGCCGCAGACCUCGACCUCGUUGUCGAGGAGCAAGCUGCCCGUCUCGAGUGGCUCGAGCAGCGGCUGGCUGCCGAGUCUACUGCCCGCGCUACCGCCGAGGCUGCCGCCGCCGCCGCCGCCGCCGACCGCGACGCCGCCGCCGCCGCCCGUGACGCUGCCGCCGCCCGCGUGGCCGAGAUGGAGAGCAUCCUUGACGAGCAACGAGACCACGACCUCGGGUACUGGGUCGACACUGCGCUGGUCGGUGCCCGGACCGCGCUCCGCGCGCCAGUGCCCAGCGCUGAGCGGCUUGCGCGCGACGCACCGCCGGACAUUGCGGCUGACCUGGCGGCGGCCGAAGAGACCAAUGAUGCCGCCGCGCUGCAAGCCGCCGGUGCCGCCGUCGUCCGCCGGCUGGAGGCUGUUGCGCUCACGCUCCGGCAGAGCGAGGUCGACGCCGCCGACGCCCGCCGCCGGAGCCAGUUCCUCGAGGACGAGCAAAAGCUCAUCCGCGUCCUUGUCAACCUCAAGGCAUCAAUGGCGGCGCUUGCCGCGCCCACGCUCGCUGAUCUGGACUCGUUUAUCGUCACCGCCCGCCAGCUCCGCGGCGCCGCCAACGUCGCCGGUGACAUGGAAUGGCUCGCUUCGCACGCCGACCUUCUCACCGCCGACCUCGUCGCCGACCUUGUGGUCGAGAACGCUCUCCUCCUCAAGCAGCUCCACGUCGCCCUCCGCCCCGCAGGCUCGUCAUCAGCUUGA